AUGCGCACGCUUGAGGCAUUCCGCGCUUGCGCACUCGGCCCGCUCUGCGGCGCCCCGGCCGGCGUCAUGCGCCCCCUCGCGGCGCGGAGGUGCGGGGCCGACAUGGCGGCGCGGCGGCUGUGGGCGCUGCUGGUCGCGCUGCGGGCGGGCUGGUGCCUGCUGCCGCAGGCCGGCUACCUGCACCCCGACGAGUUCUUCCAGUCGCCCGAGGUCAUGGCAGGAGACAUUUUAAACCUACAGGUCUAUUACCCCUGGGAAUUCCUUUCCAGCUCUCCCUGCAGAACAGCUGUUUUCCCAUUACUGACCUCUGGAGUUACGUACUGGGUGCUGAAGGCAUUGCAGCAGCUGGAUGUGUGCUCGCGUUGCAUCAGCAGCUACACCCUUCUUGUGUCUCCUCGCCUUCUCCUUACAGUAUUUUCUUUUCUGCUUGACUAUAGCGUGUACUGGUUGGCUCCUUACUGGGGAGCAGAUCCGUGGAAAGCACUGCUCCUUCUUGCUGGAUCGUAUGUCACUUUGGUGUUUUAUACGAGAACAUUUACCAACACGCUUGAAGGACUUCUCUUUGCUUUUCUGCUGGUAUUAGUUUCCUCCAAAAAAUCUGACAGCAGCCUCAUAAAGCCUACAAGCAGCCCUCUUAUUGGCAUUGUCAUAGCUGCGGGCUUUUUCAAUAGGCCAACUUUUCUGGCAUUUGCACUAAUGCCCCUGCUUUACUGGGCAGGCUUAAAUGCUGAUUCCAAAAAGAGCAUUACAACUUUCAUAAUCCCCUUUUUGAAACUUAUCACCUGUGCAUGUUUUACUGCCGUUGUUUUCAUAACGGCCGACUCCAUGUAUUUUACCUCAGUGGGCUUGGACAACCUUUACAGCAUUACAAACAGCAGCCUGUUUGAUGUCAUAGCUCAGCUGAAUCACGGAGUGGUGGUGACCCCUUUGAACUUUCUCCGCUAUAAUCUUAACUCUCAUAACCUUGCACAGCAUGGAAACCACCCCCGAGUUACACAUUUUAUAGUUAAUGGAGUAAUGCUGUUUGGGAUCUUACAUCUUUUGGCCAUCGAUGCUGGUUUUAAAAUGCUGAAGAAAUACAUCUGUCAGUUAAUGCGGGUCAGAUCGUAUUACUGUGGGUCACCUAGGUUGUCUGUGCAUUCCGAGGGCCAUCCAACACUACUGCUGUUUUAUUUUGUUCCCUUGGCACUUCUCUCUCUGUUCAGCCACCAAGAGCCUCGGUUUCUCAUCCCUCUCAUCUUGCCGUUAGUCCUGUUCAGCACAUCACAGAACAGAGCUAUGAAAUGGAAACAUGUCAUUAUCAUUUUUAAUGUUCUUGGGGCUUUCCUGUUUGGAUGCCUGCAUCAGGGCGGACUGAUACCAUGUUUGUUUCACUUGGAGCAUCUUGUGCAUUCUUCAGAUUCCUCAAACCAUCCAAGACACUAUACUCUGCUCUUUGCACACACCUACAUGCCUCCUAGGUCUCUGCUAAAUAUCAGCAAAAAAGACAUGCAUGUAGAAGUGAUUGAUAUGGCUGGAUCUGAAGAGGAAACCCUCUGCCGAGUGGUAGGACAGCACGUAAACAAUUCUACCUGCAGUGACUGUCAUUUUUUGGUUAUAAUCCCUGGCACAGUCAGGGCCACAGUUACCAAAUGUGGUGUCUCGCUCAAGAAUGAGACUUUGAUAUUUCCACACUUAUCAAUGGAAGAUCCACCACAGAUAUCCUUCCUAUUCAGUCAAAACUGGAGAAGUCAGUUAGGACUAUACAUCCUUCACCUAGGCAGAGCUCAGCAGAGCCUUUAGAUCUCAGAACGUUUUAGAUUUGUUAUGGUUUUGUGAUUUUUGUUGUCGGUAUUCCACAUCAUUACAUCAUGUAAAGCACGGGCAGUUAAAGAGUUAAUUCCCUGGUUACUGCAAACUGCCUUUUUUGGUGUGUGGCUC